AUGAGCGUUGAGACUACCGUUACACCAACGAGCGGAUCGCCUCCCUCUGUGGAGGUGCAAGGUCCAACGAAUAGCCUGACAAUAGCAGACUCGUUCAAGAUUCGUCAAGUAGAUGAUAUUACCGUCGCGAGAGCGAGAGAGGCCCCUCAAGUUCCUAUAGCCCCUGGACCUGUCAUUGAGCCACUCCCAGUCAAUCCUCUGGUAGAGGGCUCUCUGGGCAUACUAUCGAAGUUCGUUGGGACAUUCCAGGGUACUGGAAUGAAUAUGAUAUUUCGUCCUAACACCAGUGGAUCAGGUCUUACGGAUAACAUCCUCGAAUUUAACCUCACCACGGAGAAGCAGACCUUCCUACAAGACAUUGGUGACGUACCAAACCGUGGCUUUGCUGGACAACCAGACCUCAAUCUCAAGGCUGUUCCUUACACACAGCAGAUCUCCGACAGGCUCAACAAAGAUACAGGCAAAGCAGAUCUACCAACUCCCAUUCCCAUCCACUUCGAGCAAGGUCUUUUCGUCCGAACGCCACAGACCGUGAACCCUGAUGUACCAACGGGAACCAUCUCUCGCAUGGGAUCUAUUCCUCAUGGUACUACCAUUAACGCUCAGGGCAUUGAGCCUACAGGACCCCCGGUACAAGGAGCUCCAGAUUUUGGAACUGUGUCGAUCAUUCCCUUCACGAUAGGCAAUCCAGACAGCCAAGUCACCGCAUUUGCUAACCUCAAAUUCGAGCCAACUCAGCUACGUAUUCCACAAGACUUCACCAAGUUCAACGAGUCUGGCGCACUCACACAAGCCAUCUUUCAAAAUCCCAACGAAGUACUCAGGAUCGCAAAUACGAACAGCUCUAAGAAACAGGUUAAGGAACACAUAAGAUUUGAAUUAUCCACAGAAGGUACCAAUGCACUUCCUGGUGGCGGAACUGCCAACAUCGCAUUUCUGCAAGGUCCACCCGGAAAUCCGCUGCCCGCUCCCAACGCCCAUGGCGCUAGCAUGAAAGUCACAUACUGGAUUUCCACUGUGUUGGUUGAUGUCGUCAUCCCUGAGGGCCAUUACGCAGCGCAUCCCACGAAGAAAUUACUCUCCUCGGAGGCUUCGCGUGUCGACAAGGUCUCUACUCCUAAGUUCCUUGUCGAGCUCAAGAGAAAUGUGUCUCACAACACUACCGUCAAACUAUCGUAUACACAAAUCCAGUAUUCUCAGAAUGUAUCGCUGAACUUUGGAGGCCUCACGUGGCCGCAUAUUUCAGUUGCGACGCUUCAGCCAGGGAAUGCUGUGUUUGUAAAGGCCGAUUCGCCACUGCUUGCGAAUUUGAAGUAA